GUCUGUUCAAAUCGAAAUCAUGCAGCUGUUUUCUCAAACCGAAGCUAACCAACGCGACGCGAAAUAACUGUGUAUACCACAUAGGACCUACAGUCUGUCCGGAGCCAGACUGUCUGCUCAACUGAUAUAACUGAGGACUUUAUUGUAGGGGGAGGUGCACACCCCAAGCUUCGCGCGCAGAAGCGAAGUAAGUCUAUCGCCGACCGCACCGAACUGUGGAGCCACCCGUCGAUGUAUACCUUGCAGGCUUCGGUAAGUCGGGUGUUCUCGCGCACGAGAGCCAUCUAUGGCCGAUUAAAGCAACUAUAUUUAGCCAUCUAUUGGUGCAAGAAGUAAUUACAACGGAUUAACUAAUCCUGGAUGCGCUAAGACUUCCUCGUAAUUGUCAGUUAAGCGCUGAUAGUGUGGAGAGUAUUGUGUUAGGUAGAUAGUCAACAUAAAAUAAGAUUGCUGUUCAAGUCGGACAGCAUGGUAGCAGGCGAAAACGGUUAGCAAUAUUGCUUACUGUAUAAGCAGCUGAGUUGUUUAUUUUUGUGCGGUAAUGAAGUGAUGCGGAAGCUGCUACCGAUUUUGUUGUGAUUUUUUUCUCUAAUAUCUUUUGAGAUUUUGAACAGACAAGGACUCAGGCCAACAAUAAUGACGAAUGGUUUCCAAUCCGUCCAGUUUCAUCUUCCGAUAGAGAUCGUUAUUCAUAUCAUGAAGUACCUACCACUUGCUGACAGAAUAUGUGCUAGUCAGGUGUGCCGUUUGUGGUAUGAAGCUGCACAAGAAUUCGGUCUUCACAAGAAUGAAGUUGUUGUCUUGCAUGGUGACUUAACUCGCCCGCUGGAAGUUUUGGAAAGCAGCAGUGGAUCAUUCAUGCAUUUUGUUUUUAAAGAAGUUGAACUUGGAAAUAAGUUAAAGGGGUUUUGGGAUAAAUUUUGCCCACAAAUGAGAUCCUUAGCAUUGCACAAUUGUGAUGUUUCUGAAAAAAUGUUUGUUGAUAUAUUACUGAAAUGUGUUAAGCUCGAAAGCCUAAGCAUUAACGGUUGCAGAGAGCUUUUAAUGUCUGGGAGAGUACUAGAAGUUGACACAGACAUAAGUAGGCUCAUUAAAACAUUAAAGAAACUUCGCAGGUUAUGCCUUGCAUUUAACAGAUACUUGUCUGAUGCAUUGUUCAACAGGUUUGUAGCUGUAGCUUCGAAUUUGGAAGAUUUGUCGUUGAAAGGUUGCUAUAUAUCUUUUAACAGGGGACUGUAUAAGAAAUUUUAUCCUGAUUUUAUGAUGAAGUCUGGCAACUGUGUUGCAUCAGAGAGCGUCCUUACAUUUCAUAAUAUUCUGACUUACGUCACAAAGCAAGCAAAAAUGUUACAGAAACUUCGGUUUGGUUGUACACUAAUUGAUAAUGCAGCUCUGAUGCAAUUGGCUACUGUGCCUCAUCUUUCUUUGACUACUCUUCACUUACAAUCGUGUGAUCAGCUAACUGAUGCAGGUAUUGUAAGUCUCGCAGAACAUCAAAAUCAUCUGUUAGAAUUAGAUCUGAGUGCUUGUUCUCGUGUUGGAGAUGUAGCAGUAAAUUCAAUCUCUGAUAAACUUGUUCAUUUAGAAAGCUUAAAUUUAAGAAACUGUAGAUCAUUGACUGACUCCGGUGUUAGUACUUUAAAUAAACUUAAGAAAUUAAGGAAUCUCAAUCUGUCACAUUGUGAGCAAGUUACUGGCAAAGGCAUUGAAAGUGCUCUCUGUUGUAGCAUAAAUCCACGAUUCCGAAGACUGUAUUUGACAGCACUUGCUGUUGAUGAACGUACUGUUUGUAAAUUAGCUGAACAUCUUCCAGGACUCACACAUCUUGACCUGGGAUGGUGUUUUAAUGGAGUUACUGACAAGUCAUUACAGAUGAUUUGUAAAUAUCAGGUUCGCCUCCAGUUUUUGAAACUUGCUGCUUGUAAUAAAAUAACAGAUGCUGGACUUACUGGUAUGGGGCUUACAGCUGAGCAAGAUGGUACAACUAUUACGUCUGAUGACAAUUCUGAGGCAAUGCAGUAUCAAGAUAUAAUUGGAAGUGAACAACAAGUGAUUAGCGGUGAAAAUGGGCAUUAUGGUGAAAACGUUGAUCCAGGAUUUAAUAUAUCACUGAGAACUAAAGCCGAGCAAGAAAUCAUUAAUGACGCCAAAAGAAAAAAAAUUGUGUCACAGUUGUGUGAAGAAAAUCUUACUAGUACGGGUUCUAGUGGACAUUCCCUCAUCCAUUUAAAAGGGCUUCAAAGGCUUGAUCUAAGUGGUUGCAAUCGAAUCACAGAUGUCAGCCUGAAAUAUGCCUUUCGUUUCAAGGAGUUGAGGUAUUUGGAUCUCAGUCAGUGUCAGCAGAUAACACAUGUUGGUUUGUCCUACUUAGCUGUCCACAACCCCAGCAUUGAAACAUUGAUUCUGAGCCAUUGUUAUAAUAUUGCUGAUAGUGGUGUCCUCAGUUUUAUUAAAUGCCUAUGCAGACUUAAGCAUCUGGAAUUAAAGGGCUGCACCCAACUAACAGACAUCACUCUAGAAGGCAUUGGGAAGCACUGUGACAUCCUGAAAUACCUAGAUGUCAGUCUUUGUAGUACUAUGACCACUGAAGCAGCAGAGGCUACAGAGCUGGCAUUACCAUCUUUGUACACUGUUCAUAAGUUGGGAUUAAUAUCAAAGAAUAAUUCACAGCCUAACACUGAGAAAUUUAGUUGCCCUUCACCGCCUCCACCCCCAAGAAGAUUUAAGUGUUCGUUAAUGUGCUGAAUAAUGGAUGGUGCCUUCAUCAUGCAACAUAAUCUGAGAAGAGUUUUCAGUGGCAGUAGUGCAAAUUAAUUAAUAAUGUUCUUGUUACUGUUGAAGUUGAUUGUUAAUUUUUCUGUCUCACCAUACCAAGAUGACACAUCAUAUUGUGUGUUUUAAAUUCUGUUAUAUUUUAAAAAUUGUUUAAGUGUAGCAGUCUUAAAUGUUACAGAAUUAAAUGAUAUUCAGUUUUCUUCACUCAGAUUCUUGUUCGUCUGUUGAUUAAAAUGCUGGGUAUUGUCUGAAUGCCGAUCAAUAAAAUCGUGCAGAACAAGUGUUGUUUGAAUCUUUUUUAAUUGUUGUUUUCAUGUUCAUUAAAAGGAAAAUAUGUGAUUUAAUGUCUCCAGUAUUCUUGAUCCAACAUAAGUGUAUAUUGAAGUUACGUGGUAAGUACCAGUUAUUGCUGCAUGGAUUAUGCAACAAAAUAGGAAUAAGCUCCUCUACGUUAAUUUUUUAAUUGCUGUUCACAUGUGAGACCCAUUUAUAAGAUAUAUUUUUCUUUCAGAUCUAAAUAACUUGUUGUAAAGUGAAGUAGAAUAACAUUUACCUCAAGAAAAAAAAUAGAUCAUUGUUGUCCUCCAAGUAACUGUGGUUCUGGAAUAUGUAUAAAUGUAAACAAAGUCAAAUAUUUGUGGCAAAAAUAAUAUUUCUUCUAUCGAAAAAUUGUUAUCCAUACAGUUCAUGGAGAAUAAUUGUCACAAUUACCUUUAAUGCCUUGUUGAUGUUGAUUGACAUAAUGCACAUGGUACUUGAAUUGGAGUAUUUUGUGCACUACAAAUUGAUUGAUUGAUUUAUUUAUUUUUCCCCCACCCUUACAUGUGGAAUACCUGAAGUUGUGUAUUGUAAUCUGUACAGUUACCUUGCUUCAGCAUAUAACAUGCAGAUUAAAGGAAAUUAAUUUUUACAUAUUACAGCAACUUUAUACUGUGUGUAUUUUUGGUAUAACAAUUGGCCUAGUCACUUUUUAAUACUGUUAACUUAAUGUACAAACAUACAAAAAAAUAUAUUUAUUGGAAAUCUU